UUCGUGUAUAUAUUAUAAAUCAUUUACAUGAUUCAAGAGGAGAGGUUGUAAAUUACUAUUUUCAAGAGAGAGAUGGGAGAAAAUGCAAUGGAAGAGAAAGAUUUGAUGCUACAAGGCCAAGCUGAUAUCUGGAAGUACAUGUUCGGCUUCGCCGAUUCCAUGGCCCUCAAAUCUGCCGUGCAGCUCCGCAUACCCGAUAUUAUACACCGCCACGGUGGACCGAUCACUUUGUCCCAGAUCACCGCCUCUCUUCCCGACGCAUCCUGUCCCCACCCCACCUACCUCUACCGCAUCAUGAGGCUCCUCGUCCGCCGCAACAUCUUCGCCGCCCACCACCCCUCCGACGGAGGAGACACGCUCUACGGCCUCACCCACUCUUCUCGGUGGCUGCUAAGUGACUCCGACCUUAACCUGGCACCCAUGCUUCUCAUGGAGAAUCACCCCGACCUUAUGGCUCCCUGGCACUGCUUCAGCGACUGCGUGAGAGAAGGCGGCGAGGCCUUCAAGAAGGCUCACGGCCGAGAGAUUUGGGAUUUGGCAUCGGAGAGCCCAGAAUUCAACAAGCUGUUCAACGAAGGGAUGGCGUGCACGGCGAGGAUCGUGACGAAGGCGAUCGUCUCUGCGUAUAAGGAAGGGUUCGAGAGCAUUUCGUCGUUGGUGGAUGUUGGGGGUGGCACCGGAGGGACUGUGUCGGAGAUAGUGAAAGCGUAUCCCCACAUAAAGUGCAUCAACUUCGAUCUUCCUCAUGUGGUUUCCACCGCGCCUGAACAUGACGGAGUCACCCACGUCGGAGGAGACAUGUUCCUCUCCGUGCCUAAUGCAGAUGCCGUUUUCAUGAAGUGGAUACUGCACGAUUGGAGCGACGAAGAUUGCAUAAAGAUACUGAAGAACUGCAAGAAAUCGGUGCCAAAGGAUAAAGGGAAGGUGAUCAUAGCAGAAUUUGUUCUGAAGCCAGACGGGAAAGGGUUGUUCGAUGACACAGGCUUGGUCUUUGAUUUGCUUAUGAUUGCACACACGUCUGGGAGGGAGAGGACUGAGUUGGAAUGGAAGAAUCUACUGAAUCAAGCAGGCUUCCCUCGCUAUCAAGUCAUCAACAUACCUUCUUUCGUGUCCAUCAUCGAGGCUUAUCCGGCUUAGCUACUGAUGCAAGUUUCCCCGGAAGUUUGAAUAUUGAUCCCAAAAAAUAUGAUUAUUGUGUCUAAAAUUUGUUUGUGCAAACUUUUUUUUGGUUAAAUUAUCUUAUUUUCAAUUAUUUUGGUUGACUUUAGUUUCUCAUAUUAAUUACUCCGUGUGAACGCAUCGAUGGCUGCGCUGUACUUUGAAUAGUCGUCCAUCAACUAUAAAAAUUCACCGCAAAUGUCAUAUUUUGAGGAGCAUUCGCCGGUUGCGUCCA